AUGGCACACCGUUUCAUCCACGGGCUCCCCGAGAGGCGCUGCCGCCCCUCCCCCGAGCCCCGGCGGGACACCGCCGCUGCCCCGGGAAGGCGGCCCGACCUCCGGGAAGGGAAGGAAGACCGCCCUUUCCCGGCUCCCGCCGCCCGCUCCGGCUCACCGCCCAGGCGGGAGGCCCGGAGCGCCGGUUCGAGCCCCGCUGCCGCCGCCCGGCACCGGGUGCUCUGGCCCUCGCCUCUCGGGGCAGCCGGGGCUCGGCCCACAAACGGCGGGCCCCCCCGCCCCCGGGGGGACCCCCGCCGCUGCCCCGGGAAGGCGGCCCGACCUCCGGGAAGGGAAGGAAGACCGCCCUUUCCCGGCUCCCGCCGCCCGCUCCGGCUCACCGCCCAGGCGGGAGGCCCGGAGCGCCGGUUCGAGCCCCGCUGCCGCCGCCCGGCACCGGGUGCUCUGGCCCUCGCCUCUCGGGGCAGCCGGGGCUCGGCCCACAAACGGCGGGCCCCCCCGCCCCCGGGGGGACCCCCGCCGCUGCCCCGGGAAGGCGGCCCGACCUCCGGGAAGGGAAGGAAGACCGCCCUUUCCCGGCUCCCGCCGCCCGCUCCGGCUCACCGCCCAGGCGGGAGGCCCGGAGCGCCGGUUCGAGCCCCGCUGCCGCCGCCCGGCACCGGGUGCUCUGGCCCUCGCCUCUCGGGGCAGCCGGGGCUCGGCCCACAACCGGCGGCCCCGCUCGCCCAGGUGGGGGAAAGCGCAGGCCGAGCUCCCGCGGGGGGCUCCGGCAGCGUUCCUGGCCUAAGGUGGGACUGCUGUGUACGGUAA